AUGAUAUAUAAAUCAAUGGUUUUUAAAUAUUAUAAAUGUGAAUCAUGUAAUUCAAAUCAUAUAGAAUCAGGUUCAUCUCAUUCAAUAAAUUAUUGUUUGGAUUUAAAUUCAAGUAAAAUUUAUAGAAAUCUAACAUGUACAUCAUUUUUUACUCGCCCAAUUUUCCAAUCUUUUUAA